ACCAUGACAGCUGAGAUUUGUUUUUUCUUUUUCAGUCAUUCUACUACUGCUAACUUUAGCUGAAGUCUGUUAGUCAUCUCAGUACGUGCAUGACCACAGAUUUACACCGACCAAGGAAGCGUAACAACGUUGUAACGCGUUUAACAAUUCUCGCGAGAUCCUGUGACAACACGAUAGCCUUCUGCCACUGGACAAAAUUGUAAACAAGAUUCGAUUAAAACGUCGGUAAGCAUAAACAUUUUUCGUCACGUCUGGCUAGUCAAUAACGUCACCUUAGCUGGAACAUCUGGAGGAUAAUUUCGACGAGUGUUUGAACGUGUUUUACGCGAUAAAAAUGAACCACACUAAGAGGGCUAACACCUAUUUAGCUAACAGCAGUCAGGCCUCCUCGUUCACUCCGCAAAAACACUCCGCGGAGGUGAGACAGAUACUGAUUUCCAUCGAAGCUAAACUGACCGGGAUGGACAGAAGAUUAUCCCUCAUAGAAAUGUUGUACCAGGAGUUUCAGGCGCUACGUGAGAGUCUGGAGUCUGUCAGCAAACACAGUAAAUCACUGCAGGACUCCGUCAGCGCGAUCAACAACAAACUGACUGUGGUCACGCUGGAAAACCAGCAGAUGAAGGAGAAUAUUCUGGAACUGCAAGCACGCGGUGUGAAAGACAGUUUGGUGUUUCCUGGGAUUAAGGAACCUGAAAAGACUGUGAAGGAGUUUAUGGUUAAAGAACAUGAAUUACCAACAGACACCGUGGGUGACAUCGCGUUCCAGAAAUCGCAGGACCCUCGUGCACGACCUGUCAUCGACAGAUAUCAACAUUACGAAGACAAAGUUGUGUUUCAGCAUCAAAGUGGACAGUUGAAUGGGAUAGAUUUUGGGCUGGAUAACCAGUUACCAUGUGAAAUCCUGGAAGGUCAGAAGAAGUUCUUCCCCAUCAGGAAAGAAGGUGUAAAAGAUGAUGCACAACAGGUGUUUGUAGAUAAUGGAGGCUCAUCCUCUGAGCAGCAGGAGUGGAGCUCCACUCUGGGUCAACAGUCCCCACACAUUAAAGAGGAAGAGGAGGAGGCUGAUAUCACCAAGUUCCUAUUGACAUCUGUCCCUGUGAAGAAUGAAAAUGAAGAGAAACUUCAGUCCUUCUUGCCUGAUCAAAACCAAAUUAAAAAGAAUGGAGAGGUGGAGCCUAUACCUAGUAGAUCAACUGAACAUACAAUGGAAGCUGAUGGAGAAGGCUGUAGAGGACCACAACCACACAAAAAUCUGUAUCAACAUAUGAUUGAUGACACUCCAGAGUGUCUAGAAACUGAUCAUGGUGAUGACUGGGAAGACACCAGAGAAAGUCAGUUAUAUUUAAAAUCUGUGAAAGAUGUUCCUGUGUUGGAAGAUAACAGAUUCUGCAUUCAAGAGAAACUACUGAGCUGCCCUGAAUGCAGUAAAACAUUUAAUUUCAAGACUGACCUGAUGCAGCACCUUAGAACUCAUACAAGACAGAAACCACUUAGCUGUUCUGAGUGUGGAAUAACAUUUGAAUGCAAAACUACACUCCAAAAACAUGCUACAAUUCACACAGGAGUAGGGUCUUUUAACUGUUGUGUGUGCGGGAAAAUAUUUAGUGCAGCUGGCAAUCUUAAAACACACAUGAGGAUUCAUAGUGAACACAGACCGUUUCACUGCUUAGAGUGCGGCAAAGCCUUCAGAUUCAAGCACCAUCUGAAGGAACACAUACGAAUCCAUACAGGAGAGAAACCAUAUGAAUGCUCCAUUUGUGGGAGAAGAUUUGCUCAGACGUCAUCACUAAGGUAUCACAUGAGAUACCAUACAGGAGCUGUUCCAGUUGAGGAACAUAAAAACAUACCAGCCCACAUGAGAACAAAUAUUCAGAUGGAGCAUUUGUAGGAGAGGAUACAACAAACCAGGAGACUGUUGAGGUAGCAGACACUGAUGUUGGAUCAUCAUUAAAACUGAGCUGCUUUUGGCAUUUUUUUUUUGGUCUGAUUUCACAUCUGUGUAUGAUUAUAAACUGCCACUGGAAUCAAACUAUGUGUUAUGAAAUGCCAGAGGAAGAAUCUGCUGUUCUAACCUAUAACAGCAUGUCACUGAUGAAGUCCUCCCCUGCAGUCAGCGCUUCAAUUAACUUGGACCUCUGUUUUCAGUAUCUUGCCACUUUAUUAUUCAAGCUACAUUAUUUAAAAUGUCUAAUGUAAAUAAAACUGGACAACGUGCAUUGUUUGUUCAUGCAGUGGAGAAAUUAAACUAAAUUCUAGUUGAUACCU